CGCUGAGCGCCGCGCCCUGUGGCUCUGUCCUCUGGCGCUGGAGUCGUCCUGCGGCCAAUUCUGUGAAGGAGGGCGUCCUAUGCGGGCUUGCGGCUUCAUGUGCCUUCGUCUGAAAUCGUGUUCAAGUUGAGCGCUCUGCGGCUGGUAGUGACGAUGGUGGACUCGUGACGGUGUUUGACAUCUGCUGGUUUGUCUGUUUGUCUGCCCGUCUGCCUCGCCUGCCCUUCGAUACUGCAGCCACGGCAUGCCUCAGCGCGAGGACGACGCAGGGCAGCCGAGCGCAAGGUCCAUCUGGGUGAGACUUCGAAACACGAUCGAACACGUCUUGAGAUGCCUCUUCACUUUCUUCUUCUCGUCGCCGCGUCCUCGAAACAACAGCCCUGCGAGAGAAGUCAGUACCGAGAAGCAGGAAGCCCGUCUGCUGGUUUUGGGCGCCUCUGACACAGGCAAGUCCACCUUUAUGCGCCAGAUGCAGCUUCUGUGCGGCCACGGGUAUCCUGUUCACGAGAGACUCCGGCACCAGCCGCACAUCCGCCGCAACCUGCUGGAGAGCCUGCACAAGCUGGUCUCGCACCUGGCCGCGUACGGCGCCCAGCCUGCCACGCCCGAGGCCCAGGAGGCGGCGCAGGCCUUCCUGGCGUGGGAGGACCUCGAGGGCCUCCUGAGCGAGGGCGCGCUCAUGGACAAGACGCUCAUCCCGAAGGCGCAGACGCUGUGGGCCGACCCGGGGAUCCAGGAGGUGUACCGGCGCCGCAGCGACUUCCACCUCAUGACCAACGCCGAAUACUUCAUCGCCUACGCGGAGAGGAUCCUGCAGGACGAGUACCUGCCGACGGUGGAGGACAUUCUGCGCAUGCGCUACGUGACGCGCGGCGUGGUGGAGCACCGCCACGAGCUCAAGAACAUGAUCAUCACCAUGUACGACAUGGGCGGACAGCGCCCCGAGAGGGAGAACUGGGCCAGGCAGAUCCUGGACCCGUCGGCCAUCCUGUUCCUCGCGUCGCUCUCCGAGUUCGACCAGAACGUCGAGGAGGCCACCGAGUAUGAGCCCCGCAACCGCAUGGUGGAGAGCAUGGAGAUUUUCGCCGAGGUUCUCAAGUAUCCGGCGUUCCAGAACAUUCCAGUGAUUCUCAUCCUGAACAAGAAUGACGUGUUUCGAGCUAAGAUCAAGGAGGUGGCGAUUAGGCAGUUCUUUCAGGACUUUGUGGGCGCAGACUACGACGAAAACGCGGUUCGGGAAUACAUCACCAAACGCUACGAACAGAUCACCGAAGACCAUAAAAGGAACAUCAUGGUGCGCUACACGGAAGCCACGGACACGAGAGACUUCCAGGAUGUCUUCAGUUUCGUCAGUGACUUCGUUUCGAGGUUUUUACUGAGGCGCGGGGCUCUGUUCUGAGGCCGUGAGGGAGACGGACCUAUCAGUAAUUUCAUUUUUUUAAAAAUUGUUUUUGUUGUUGUCGUAAUUAUGAUAAUGAUUUUAGUACUAUUAAUGUGAUUAUGACUGUCAUUAGUUUUAAUAUCAUUAUUAUUAUCACUAUUAUUAUUAUCAUUAUUAUUAUUAUUAUUAUUAUUAUUAUUAUUAUUA